CCUGUUUUUCUUCUGUUGAUUAAAUGGUUGUGAGGUCGGUCCAUGAUCUGCACAGAACAUAAAGGAUGGUUUUACAAAAAUUCGUUUUUCUGGUAGUCGGAGGAAGCAUCUUGAUGACGGUGGCAAUAGUGAUUGUAUUUAUCAUUAUUAACUCUUGCAUCAGAAAGACGGCUGCAAAAUAUAAUGCAAAAUCCAAGUCCAAGUCUAAUCUUUACAACACUUCAAGCAGUGAAAAAAACAUCACCUUAUUCAGCUACUGUGAUCAAGAUACAAAGCCACCUCCACUGCCAUCGAGGCAUCAGUUCGAUACAGAGUCCAACCAUAGUUAUGAGGACAUGAACCCUGUGGUCAACACCAUAACGGUGUCUCAAAAACAAACCUCACCUCUGAGGCAACCGAUCAUCAGUCGUCAACCUGAGACUCAUAUCAACAUCGGAGACAACCAGAAUUUCUCAAACAACUACAAAGAAGUGGAGAAAACGAACCAAUAUGUGGAUUCCAGCAGCUAUGAGGCUUCUCCGACUCCACCUGAUUAUCUAGACUUGGACCAGAGCAAAGACGUAGAGGAUGAAAGUGACCUGGACUAUGACGACGCCGCUCCGGCUGACACCGUCAGUCUGGAAUACGAAGACGCCGUUCCAGUGGAGACCAUCAGUCUGGACUAUGAUGAUGUCGGUCCGCCUGAUACAGUCAGCGAGGACUACGAUGAAGUGGGAUGAGAGGAUUGCUGAUAUUUAGGAGGAAUAAAAGACCAAAAAUGUCCUGCACAGAACUGUUGACCUUUUUAUUUAAGCACUUUUACUGAAUGCAGACUGAAAUGUACGAUAUUAUGUGGUAUUUGUUGGACUGCCUACUGCAAAUCGUAGUUCCAAAAAAAGUUGGGACAGUAUAUGAAAUGCAAAUAAAAACAGAAAGCACAGAUUUGUAGAUCCACAGCUCAUUCUCAAACUGGCGAUUGUAGACUGGGACACUAAAUGGAAAAAAAAAAAGAAUUGGUCGACACCUGAGCUGGCAACUGAGUUUUGGAAUGUCUUACAGGCAUCUAGGCAUUUAAAAUGAAUUUUAUAACAUCAAAAAUGUAAGACAUCCCAGAGCUGACAUCUCGAACUCGUCGUUUAGAAACAUACAGGGGUGGGAAGCCGGAUAAGGACCUCAUAACUGAUGCAGUUACAACCUCUGCUGGCUGAUUGAUAGCGUCUGCACAGAGUCGAGGAAGGAAAAAAACAAAUGUUCUGUUAUAAUUUAAUACAAGACCAAAACAAAUGGUCCAAAUCUGCUCUCGGUCCCUCACAUUUCACAUCCUGUCCUGAAUUUUUGAGAAAUAUAUUCAUGGUUGUAUUGUUUAGGUAUUAAUGAGUGGUUACCUGUAAUGUUAAUUUAAAUAUGACAUAUCACUGCUUUAUUUGUAAAUACUUACAUAUUGUAAGCUAUUUAAAGCAAACAUGUAUAUGAACAAAUAACAUUUGAAACCAGACUUUUUUUUAACCACACUGUUUUAAAUAUAAAAAUAUAAAAAGACAGAAUGCGGCCGCUCAGGUGGCGCAGCGGUAAAAAGUACGCUAGCGCACCAGAGUUGGGGUUACGAAUACAUCGUAUCGAAUCUCAGCUCUGCCUUUCCGACUGGGCUGGGCGGCAGCAUGAACAACGAUUGGCUGUUGCUCAGGGUUAGUGGGGUAAAAAGUCAGACCAUAGGUCCUCAUAGCUGGUGCGACUGCGCCCCCUGCUGGCUGACUGACGGCGCCUGCACAGGACUGAGGAAUAACGCUGAUGGGGGUGUGGCCCUCCGUACACAGUGCCCGUCAAGUAUAUGAACUAGACUCGUGCAGGUGAAAAAUGCAGUCUGUACUGACUGUACGUGCUGGAGGGGGCAUAUGUCAGCGGUGAAGGGUCGAAUCAGUUUGGAGGACGCAAUCAGGGUAAUUGGACACGACUAGAUUAGGGGAGAAAAUUGACUGAAAAAAAGACUGAAUGUGACUGCAAUCAUUGUUGCUUUUAAUUCAUAAAAGUGAAACUACAUGUACAUAAAGCCUUUUUUUAAAGUAA